UCCUUCCUCACCAACUCAUCUCUCCCAGCUCCGGCCAAUCUUCUUCCUCUAGCUGCCUCUGCAGGUGUGUGAGAGCUAGCCAGCUGAGAGAAAAUGCCGGUCAGCAGGAUCGCCGUGGGGACGCACCAUGAGGUGUACGAGACCGGCGCCCUCAAGGCGGCGGUCGCGGAGUUCAUCUCCACGCUCAUCUUCGUCUUCGCCGGCCAGGGCUCCGGCGUCGCCUUCGCCAAGCUUAGCGGCGGCACGGAUGCCCCGAUCGGGCUGAUCGCGGCGGCCAUCGCGCACGCCUUCGCGCUGUUCGUGGCGGUGUCCGUGGGCGCCAACAUCUCGGGCGGGCACGUGAACCCGGCCGUGACCUUCGGCGCCUUCCUGGGCGGCAACAUCACGCUCUUCCGCGGCCUGCUCUACUGGAUCGCCCAGCUUCUCGGCUCCACCGCCGCCUGCUUCCUGCUCCGCUUCGCCACCGGCGGGCUCCCCACCGGCUUCUUCGCGCUCUCCGGCGUGUCCUGCUGGGAGGCGCUGGUGCUGGAGAUCGUCAUGACCUUCGGCCUCGUCUACACCGUCUACGCCACCGCCGUCGACCCCAAGAAGGGCGAGCUCGGCACCAUCGCGCCCAUCGCCAUCGGUUUCAUCGUGGGCGCCAACAUCCUCGUCGGCGGAGCCUUCAGCGGCGCCUCCAUGAACCCCGCCGUGUCCUUCGGCCCCGCCCUCGUCAGCUGGGAGUGGGGAUACCAGUGGGUGUACUGGGUCGGCCCACUCAUCGGCGGUGGCCUCGCCGGCGUCGUCUACGAGCUCCUCUUCAUCAACCGCAGCCACGAGCAGCUCCCCACCACCGACUACUAAGCCAAGCAGCUUGGUCCGUGGCUCCCUUCCGUUCGUCGUGUGAAGAUCGACCUACCGCUUCCAUCGCAUGCAUGAAUCGUUCCUUUUAGUUCCUCGAUCGCCUCGUUAAUUUGCUUUGAAUCAUUUCGAUCAGUCGGUCAGUGAGUCUGUGGUGCCUUGAGCUGUAAACCGUGGAUGGUAUCUGGAACCCUUGUCAUCAAUCAAUUUGCUUAUGUAAAAACUGUGCAUUCGCCCGGUGUAUUUUCAAGUUCAGUUCA